UGCUGUCCGGACAUUCCCAUACGCUCCCUCACUUCAACUCCAAUUCGCCUUCACUUUGAUCUUUAUCAAACGUACCCUCGACCCUCAUCAUCAUGGCGAAGAAGGCAUUGGCCAAGGAUCAGAUUGUGAAGCUCAUCGUGGGCGCCGGUCAGGCCAGUCCCAGUCCUCCCGUCGGUCCGGCCCUGGGUAGUAAGGGUGUGAAGAGUAUGGAUUUUUGUAAGGAAUUCAACGCCAGAACUGCACACAUCAACACCGGUGUCCCCAUUCCUGCGCGUGUCACUGUCCGCCCCGAUCGUUCCUUCACAUUCGACCUCCGUACUCCCACCACCACCUAUUUGCUGUUGCAAGCGGCCAAUGUGGAACCUCGCAAGAAUCGCAUCCGUGGCGCCCAGAACCCGGGCCAUGAAUUCAUCGGCAAGAUCUCCCUCAAGCAUGUCUACGAAAUCGCCAAGAUCAAGCACUCCGAGACGCGACUGUCUGGAUUGAGCCUACAGGGUUUGUGUAAGAGUGUCAUUGCCCAGGCCAAGUCCGUUGGCAUCCAGGUUGUACCAUGAGGUUAUUGCGGAGCGGGCGAUUGGUGAUGUCGUUGUACACUAUCUUGUGCCCUUACUCCCGUAAGGUUACUCCUCUUCUUGUCUUGGGCUUACGAAAUUGGCGUUAUGUGGAACUGGGUUUGUUACCAUCUGUAUCAUAGGCAUUGCAUGUUGUAUAGAAAGCGUUGGCUGGUGCCUCAAGCGAUC